UCGAGCUUUACGCGUCGCACGCGCCCAGACGGUGUGCGCCAUCGUCGUUGUCGUCAUCUAUCGUGGUCGUGGUCGUGGUCGAUACCGCUCCGUUUUGGUUAAGUUUCCUCUCGUUCAUCUUUUGCGUUUUGUUUUUUCCUCCCGUAUAUCGACCGCCAGUACGCUAUUAUCGUCCCCCUUCCUUAUUCCGCUGAAGUAAACGAUACUAAUUAUUACUAUCAUCAUCAUCAUCAACCGCAUUAUUAAUUUUCAGUAACCCGUUAAACAUUUGCCAACGACUCUCCGAAGUCCCGAUGUGACGGUCGCCGACUAGUUUGCUUUUUUACUGCAGAUCCUUUUCAAGAACUGUGGAGUGAAAUAUUUGUGAGGGAUAGCGUUAUGAUAAUGACACCAAAACAAAUGACUGGCAAACGACGUUAAAUAUAAAAACGAACAUGGCGUAUUGGUUGGUGUUCAUGUUGUCCAUCUGGCCGGUUGCGGUCUCGUCAGAGGGUUGCAAGUUUCCGACCAGAUGGGAGGGCGUGUGGUUCCAGUCCGGUAUCCGGCAGUCGAUUGUCGUGCAGGCCAACCGGUUCAGCAUCAAAGGCAAAUGCGUGGACUCGGACGGUGACAGGUUUCUACUAUCUGACGAGAAAAAGCCGUGUUACCGGUGCGUGGUCAUUCACGAGAAACAUCACAACGUUCUCCAGUACAAAGAGACCUUUUGCAACGAAAUGGGCACGCUGAAGACCAUCUGCCCACUGAUUACCGGUGACGCACUCCUUUAUUCCAUGUUUCGGGAGUCCGGGAAUCCCAUGCAGUGCCCAUUCAAGCCACCGUAUACGUUCACGUACAACCGCGGUCAUGGUGACUGCAGAAAUCCCGUUUCCACGGUAGAGGCUUGUACCCAGGACUCGAGGCUUUUGAUCCGGUACCAGGCGUGUCCGGAUGUCGAAGGGUCAGAAAGCGCGCUCGAAGAAGUUGAAUGCAUUGCCGGUUGGAAAGAGGGUUCGUACCGGUUUCUUGUCGGUAGGGUUCACCAUAGCAACGGUAUACCAAUGUCAACCGAAGACCGGUUCAAGUGUUUCAUAUACGAGCGAACGACAUCUCAGAGACAAUUGAAAGGUUCUGGUGCUUCUGGAGACGUCGAGUACAGAGUGGCACAGUCCGGCGACGCCACAUGCAGUGGCCUUUUCAGUCCUCUCGAAGGGUCCAGGACUAUGAUAUUGAAAAAAGAGACUUUUGAGACGAAAUGCAGCUUCCCGUUGUGGCUGACUGAAAACCAGAGAUGGAGGACGUUGGAUCACGGUAAAACGUUCACUUUCCUCCAUCACCACAACAACAACACGUUGAAGCUGGUGUCCAGCUCGUUAGAUCGCGUAUUCGCCGCGCAGACUAUACAGGCUUCACACCAGUUCUUUUACAAUCAGCCGUUGGUGGCACCUCUGCCCGGACACGAGAUGAAAUUCUCCUGUCAGCAGGAAAUGGAGGAGAUACCUCACCGGUUCAGGGUGAUGGCGCACUACGUUACUGGAUGCCAAAGCGGAUACAUUUGUUUGGACUUCCACCGGAGGGCGCACGACUUGGCAGAACUUCAAAUGGGUCAGCCGAGUAGGAGACCGGAAGACGCGUGUAACUCCCCCAACUUUGAUGCGCACGCUACGGAUUCAAUUACGCUAGUGGCUUCCAAGUCAGACUUUCGAAAUUGCCCUUAUAAAGGAAUUUACACGAUAAAAAAAGUCAGCAAAAGUAUUUCGUGGAACGAUGUAUCUUCAAUUUUACCGAGUAAAACAAGUCUAAAUUUACCGGUGGACUUGUUAACUUCCGACAAUCAUCCGUCUAUUGUGUUAACUACGACGUCACCACCUUCGCCCAAACGUCACUCUUCCGAACACUACGAGAAAUCGUCGGACGAUUGGAGUGUGACGUACAAGAAGUUACAGCCUGACUUGCCAAGUCUGGUGAGGUCCAGAAAGAACAUUAGCAAGGAAUUCGAGAGGCAAUCGGAGUACGACGACGACGACGAGGUGAUAUUGCGCAGAGUCAAAAGGAAAGGCCGACGGAUUUUGAGCAGUAAAACAGUCGCCGACGAGGAAUGCAAGUUGAACUUGACUUCGAUUGUGUUCUCUUGUGGAUCCGCUGACUCGAUAGAACUAGUGGCAGAAUGUCCUCGAUUAUCACACAUACGAUCAGCCUACAAGUGUCACGGGGGCUGGAAAGAGAACGGCACGAUGCACCAGAUAAUCAGCAGUAACUUGCCGUCAGCGGCCGGCUGGAAGAAGCUGUACUGUCUUGCGUACGUCAAAUGGCCUCCGGACCGUCUGCAGGUGUUCGUGUACGCGGAUAACUGCAACCCCAACAAUAACCGCACCGCGGCCACUGGGUCCGACGAAGGGCUCGUCUUGUCAUUUAACAUUUCGCUAUCGCCAUCCGGCGAAAAGCCGUGUAACGAGGUCAACGAGUCAACUGUCGUCGGGGCCACCUUGACCGUGGUAGUGGUCGCCGUCAGUCUACUCUUCCUGCGGCAGACGGCCGCCAGAUGAUUUUCGUAUUAAAUAGCGCAAAAUCUCAAAGCCGUAAUGCCGCCGCCGCCGAAAAUAAUAUUGUGUGUAUACGUCAUUGUUUCGUUGUUUCCUUAUAGCAAAUGCAUUUUGACAAAACUUUAUUUUUUUUCUACAUAGUGUAAAUAAUAAUAUUAUACUAAUACACACAAAAACACACAAAAUCACACAGACACACACACAUACACAUAAACACAGAUUUGAGCGCGCGAGCGAUUAUCUUUAUUAUAAUUCUUGACGUUUUUAGAGACGGAUGAAAACGAAACAUAUUUUGUGACGCUAUUUGAGAUAAUGUUUUGGAAAAAAAGAUUUACGUUGUAAUGUUAAUAUAAUCGCCCGCUUUUUUUUCUAUAAUUAUAAUAUAUACGUAUAAAUAAUAUUAUGAUGAUGUAUAGUGUAUAGCGUAUACGUAUAUAAGACUGAUCGCCGUUUUUAUACCUUUCCAUGGUCGCGUUUUGUUCGGUUUGAAUUUGUGGGUUUGUGGAGGGGGUGGGGUGUGGAGGAACGGGAGGCGCGUGAUAUCAUGCACGCGGCCGUUUCGACGCGAUGAAUAAUUCACUCGACGGUCGAGUGCCACGUUUUAAUCAAAAAAAAAAAAUGUAAUAAGUAAUAUAAAAUUAUCAGUGCUAAAUCGUAUCAUAGGUAGGUAUACGCCUAUAUAUAAUAUUUAUCAAAAUAUAGAUAAAAGUACUAUAGGUACUGCUCUUAGUUAUCGCGGGACUUGAUAAUGCUGAUGCUGAUGGCAAUAUGAUAUGGUCCACGACAGGGGUGGAAAAAGGGCCGACGACGAUGACGAAGGAGCACUUGAACGCGGCACGCAUUAUAUUAUAAUAAUAUUAUAUUAUAAUGAUAUAUGGCAGUGAUUGAGGGUGAUCGGGGGGGGGGGGGGGGGGGGGAUAAAAAAAUCAGUUUUCGAGUGCGAAUCCGUUUUAUCCCGCGCGCAGUUAUAAUAAUAGUACUACCUAUAUAUAGAUAUCGUCGUCCAUGAAAAUGAUUUCAAGAAUUCGCAUUCGUCGGCGGAAACGGAUACGGAGCGCGCGUGACAUGCUGCAGCGAUAAUUUCCGACCGGGAAACUCUGUAGGAAAAAAAGGUACGUGGGUGCGUCCUGCCACUUGUUCAACGCGCGUCGGGUUGAAGACACUAUUAUUGUUGUACGACUAUUAAUUAGGCAAUUAUUAAAAUACAAUAUAUAUAUAUAAUAUAGUGUUAUAUAUAAGCUAAGCGUAAAUUAAUGAUUUUUUUUUUGUUUUGUUUUCUAUUCGUCUUGAAAAAAAUGUGUGAAGGAAACUCGGGCAAUAAUAAUAUUUUUGUAGAUAAUCUAAUUCAAUAUAAAAAAUUAUGAUGUACAAGUGUAAUAAUCAUAACAGUAUGUUACGUGUUAAAAAAAAACCUAGUGAUAAUUUAUUAAGCGCGUGUAUACACGUAUUAUGUUAUAUUGUUAUUAUUAUUAAAACACGACGUUAUACUACUUAAUUAUUGUACCUACGUCUGCGAUGACAAUAUGUCUCGUCUCUCCUACGCGCAUAACAGAUAUUAUGUAAUAUGUCAUUUAUAUAAUAUUAUUAUACUGUUACCUAUAUGUCCUAUGAUAUUAUAUAUAAACAUGACGUGUUUUAAUGAUAAUGAUAAUAACAUAAUAUAUAGUGUUCACUAAUAUAUAGCAAUAAUGUUGUAAUUCGUCGUGAUUUUGUUAAUUUUCGUAUCGUUUUAAAACGAAACUAAAAUAUAUAAAUGUACCUAUAACAGUGUAAUAUCGCAGUGCGUUAUUAUUUUUAUUAUUAUUAUGUACAGUAGUAAAAUAACUUAUUCUCGGGAGAGCUCACCCUGGGUCGGCGAGGUUAUCGUGUAUUGUUUUGUUUUUUUUUUUUGUGAAGCAAAAGAGUCUUAGAUUCUUCAGUCGCAAAAAGCAGCCAGUAAUAUUAUAUUUUGAAUAUUAAUUUUAUGUUUGUUCCAAAUUUACGACCCCGAUAACGCAUACUCGGAAUCCACACAUUAAUAUCACAAUAAUAUUAUAAUCUCUACUCGACAAACAUUCGCAGCGUACAUUCAAGUAUCUUCAACACCGUAACAAUUGUGUUAACAUUUUUUAUUUUCACUUCUCAUAUUAAAAUAAUAAUUUUUUGUCGACAUUUUAUUACGUUUCGUAUCAAUCAAUGAAUACAUUAUAUUUUAAUAUUAUACGUCCUAAUCGAAUGGGGGCAAACCAACUCUGUCGUUGUACGCGUAAUAAUAUUAUGUUCACAAAGUUUAGUGUAGUAAUAAUAUAACAUUAAUUUAUAUAUUAAACAUAAUAUAUUAGGCAAAUUAUAUAAGUAGGUACGCCACCUCUUAUCUCUAAAAAUAAACCCGAUAUUAUUUUCUAAACGGUAAUCGUAAUUUUCCGGGAAUGUUUUGGCAUUGCGUUAUUAUUUUUCCGUCGGUCUCGUUCACUCGGUCCGGACCGCGAUAUCAUUUUUCUAGCUCCUUCAAAUCGUUAUUAUAAAUAAUAUAAUAUUAUUAUUUUGUAUUAAUAAUAAUGUAAUACGCGAGAUUUAACCACCGGCGAGACCGCAUUUACACUGAUGCAGCGACGCCUACACAGUAGAUGAUGCCCGUACCCACUGCACGGGAGUUUACGAUAAAUACAAUUAAUAUUAUGAUGUUUAUUUUUCAAAUAUUAUGAGGGGCAAAUCGACUGAUUGUGAUAAUAGUUUUACGUUUAUAUGAAAAAAAAAAUUAUAAUAAAUAAAUGAAUACUUAAUAAUAAUAAUAAUGAUUUUGAUUUGUAUUGAUUUAAAAUGAAUUUAUAAGCUAGUUGACGGCUGAGAGUAAUUGAAUUGUACAAAUUUCGCAAUGAACUUGUGAUGUUCUUUUUUUUUCGAUAAAAUUUUAAUACAUUUUUGUUUUUUUUUCUACAAAAAUAUAUUAUGUUAGAUCUAAUCAUGUUUAGAUUACGUAAUUAGACGAUAAGGAAAAUGACGUACAACAUAGAUUUAGUUUAUUUGUUAUUGUAAUAUUAUUUAAUUUUUCUUUUUUUUUAAUUUGUUUAAUUUUACGAAUAGUAAUAAUUGGAAUUUAGGUGCCUUGAUUAGCUCGUUGUUAGAAUCUUCUUAUCUAUUUGAGAGUACAAAAUACUGAUUUAAAAAAACGCACAGUUUCCGCUGAGCACGCACACGGCGGUUAUAUAUCUUAAUAUGCGUGUGUACGUGUGAGCGAGUGUGCUUCUAUAUAUUUAUACAUACUAUGUUUGUUAGUCUUAUUGCUUUACAUAAAACAAUAUGUACACAAAACGAAUAUGUUGUGAAUUCUAAACGAAAAGAUAAAUACCUUACCAUGUUUAUUAUUAUUAACUAUAAAAUAUUAUAUUAUUAUUUCGUCUGACCACGAUGGGCUCGACGAAACGUCGUCGAGAUUACGGACACCACACUUUUUCCACACUUGAUUCUCUCUUCUAUAAUAAUAUUAUUCUCAUAAAUACAUUUCGGCAGAAUAUUGUCAUAAUGUGUCAAUAAUAAUCGUUAUCAAAUACCAAUAUAGUAAAUAAUAUUAAGCUCCAUAGUUCUAACCGCGAUACGAAUAUAGGAUGUGUAUACUUUUGAGAGUAGAUUUAAUUUUUUCAAUGCAAAUACAUAAUAGUAAAUACGCAUACGGUAAAUAAAUAAUAUUAUAAUGUUUCACUCUAAAAUAAAACGACUCGAGACAAAUUCAACGCGUAUAUAAUAUUGUAUUUUCAGCAUAUUAUUUAAUUAUUAUACACCGGAAACGUAAUGUAUAAUUGGUAUUUUUUUCUUGGUUAAUGUAUUGUUUUAUUCCAAGCACAAAGAUAAUUAAAAAAAUCAUAA